GUGAAAUAAAAACAUUUUAUUUUACAAUCAAAUCAAAAUGUCUAUAGACAUAUACGUUCUUUUACUCUUCUGUUUAGUCACAGAAGUUGUUCUGGAAGUGAAAGUGGAGCAAAAAGAUCUCUCCAUGACAAAAAGGGAAGACAAAACUGUAAGUAUCAGCUGCAAAGUGCCCGGAUUAUCUGACAGCGAUUAUGUCCACUGGUACCAAAAGAAAGAAGGUGAAGCCCUUACAAGGAUCCUGUAUGUGAAAGGAGAUGGUCAAGCUGUUUAUGAUACUAACCAUCCUGACGCCAAGGAAUUCGAAGUGAGGAUCCAGUCUGAUCACAUUUUUCUAAAGAUACCAAAACUGAAGAAAAGUCAUUCUGCAGUUUAUUACUGUGCCAUCUGGGAUGUUAAAAUCUUUGGCUCAGGGACAAGACUAUAUGUAACAGACACAGCAAAGGUACCUCCUACAAUAUCUGUGUACCCAGUAUCCAACAAACAGGAGGAAGGACAGCAUGUACUGCUGUGCCAGGCUAAAAACAUGUUCCCAGACUUGGUGAAAUUCACAUGGCUGGAUUCAAAGGGGGGAGAAGUGAAGUCAUCAGAUGAUGGUGAUGAGCAGCUGGAGCAGAUAGACAGUGUAGGGACAACCAGCAUGCUCAUUUUGGAGAAAAACAAAGUGACAUCAUAUGAAUACACCUGCAUUGUCAAACAUGAGGGAGAAGAGCAAAACAAACUAUUCCAACAGUUAAAGCUGUUGCAACCAAGUGUGUGCCCAGACAAGAAACAUCGGAGGAGGAAACUCUAAUUUCUGGUGUGCAUGAGAUCAGCCGCAGUCUGCAUCUGUUCAGCAUGACGUAUGUGAUGCUACUGGUGAAAAACCUACUGUAUUUCUGCAUUAUCUUUGUCUUACUGUACAAGAGGAAUUCUGCUAAAAAGGAAAUGUUCAGA